AUGACUGUCUGGGACUUGAUCCGGAACGACAACCGGACCUCGACCUUUGCAGACAUUUUGGGGGAUUUCGCCCAUAUCGUGGCGGGGUUGAAGGCACCCAAGGCUCAAUUUACCGUCUUCGUGCCCACGAACGAAGCAUUCGAACACGAGACGUUUGAAUGGAAUCUCCCCUCAUUCUACUGGCUGUACCUGGUCGGCUACCACAUGGGACCAGGAACUUUCAGCCGGGAUGCGCUUUCACGGAUGAACACGGCGCCGUCGUUUGUUUUCGCGGACAUUUACCAGAAAUAUCGCCAGCGCAUCAGUCUUCAGAGACUAUCCGACCGCUUCUCAUUUAACUAUAGGGCACACUAUGCUACCGCGGACAGCUCGCAGGCUGGAGUGAACGGCUACGUCCACCAUGUCGACCGCGUGCUCAUGCUUCCAGAAUCAACCUCUGACCUCCUUCGGGACGACCCUGACUUUUCCACGCUGCGAGAGGGUCUCAUCCUGACGAACGUCGCGGUGACCAUCAACGACACCUCCACCCAUGUGGGCCAGACGCUGUUCGCUCCAUCCAACGCCGCGUUCGACAAAUUGGGGUCCAAAACUAAGCGCUUUCUGUUCAGUCCUGGUGGACGGCAAUAUCUGAAAGCUCUGCUCGAGUACCACGUCGUGGCCAACCGCACGAUGUUUACGGAUGUCUAUUUCCAAGAGAGUGGGCAGGGAGAGGUUCCGCUCCAGAUUGGAUCGACACUAAAUCUCCCUACGUUGGUGCCGGGAUACAAUCUCAGCAUCUCCAUCGACACGGGUGAUUCCUCCCAUUCCUCCUUCCCCCUAAUUAACAACGAAGUGAAAAUCGCGCAGCCGGACCUCGUCGUCAUGGAUGGCGUGGUUCACAAACUCGAUACGGUUCUACUACCACCAAGGUCGCCACGAGAUGAUAUGGAGUGGCAACAACAGUCUUGGUUUGGUUCGCUGGUGCACUGGGCAACGAGUAGUUCGGGGGUGAAUGUUGGGGAGUUGGUGAGGCGACUCGAGGAGUUCGUUGACGUCGCUGGGACGUAG